GCGAAGGGCUGAAGAUAAAGAUAAAGUAGAGCCGGGACCAUGGUGCUCUUACGACUAGGAUUAACUCUCGUGAUUGUCGGUCUGGCGUGGGCUGGUCCGAUCGAGGAUCGCAAGAUCGUAAACGGAACGGAUGCUACGAUCGAGGACUAUCCGUUCAUUGUCUCACUCCGUGGUUCAACUGGCGGUCACUCGUGCGGUGGUAGCAUCUUGAACAGCCUCUGGAUUCUGACGGCGGCCCAUUGCGUAGACUACACCACGCCUCUCGCGCAGACGGUGCAGGUAGGACGAGCGGAAAUCUCGCGCCCCGUCGAUGAAUCGGUGUACGCGAUCGCGGACGUUGUUAUACACCCCGGCUACAACCCGGCCGACAGCUACAUCGACGAUAUCGCCCUGUUGAAGUUGCGUAAACCGCUGGUAUUCAGCGAUCAAGUGCGUCCCGUUCGGUUGCCGAAGCGGUUUUUCGAGAUCGACACGCUCGCCUCGAACCACGUGACGCUCGUCGGAUGGGGCCGCAACGCGUCGGAUGGACCGGUUCAGACGAUUUUGCAGCAGAUCGACUACUACGCCGUCCCGAAUGAUGAGUGCAAUAGCAUCCACGGCAAUCACAUCUAUCCGUCGCAGAUUUGCGCUGCCGAGCCGGGCGGCGGAAAGGGCCAGUGCAGCGGUGACUCCGGUGGUCCCCUGCUGCACAACGGCUACCAAGUGGGCAUCGUGUCGUGGAGCAUCAAACCCUGCGCUAUCGCACCCUACCCGGGUGUGUUGACGAAGGUAUCGCACUAUGUCGACUUUAUCAACCAGCAUGCGAGUGAGUACAACUCUUGAAUGGAGCAUUCACCUCCGACGUCAAACUAGCAUUGUUCACGCUGCUCGGGAUGCGUUAUCGUUACAACACAGCAAUUCAUGUGCACC